UCAGCUUAAACGUAUAAAUAAGCUGAAGCAAAAGCGUGCCCCGCUAUAGAAAACUUGUUCAAUUCUGUUUCACGAUGAGGAAGACGAUCGAGCCAGAGACGAUGGCGUGCCUCGAAUGGUUGUAGAAGUCAGUGACAUGUCUUUAAAAAUGGGUGUUGAGCAUCGUUGUUCUAGAAGAUCCCGUAUCGAAGGAUAUGCCUCGCACUGAGAUUCUUCCUCUCUGCAUUUUGCGUGGAGUGGCGCUAAUUAGAGGCCACAAGUUCGCUGGGUUGUUCAGAGCCGGCGAUCUCACGGCACAAAACAACGGAAGUAGACUUGGGGGAUUGAUGACCCUACGAAGAUGGCGUCCUUUAUUGCUCUUGGAGAGGUUCCUAUGACUUAUUUUGCCUGUGCGCCACUUGUCGCACCGAUUCUCUCACUACCGUCCCUGCUACGGCCAUGGCGUUGAACGAUUGCCUUUCACUGUGGCGUGAACGUGGCCUCUAACUGAUGGGUUUCUACUGCAUGCUGAGGCUGAUUUGUGAACCAUAGCACCAAAUUCCAUUGAUGUGUUUCUAGUCGGUUUAGUUCGAUCCUGGUUGUAGCGCCUUCUUCACUUGCGGUGUACCUUGGAUCGGAUUUAGCUCAGUAUCCGCUGUGGACAGAGGCAUCGGGUGCGCGCUUCCUAUAUUCCAAUUUUGUGCAAAUUCGCAAAAUGUCUUUCAAUUUCUGUGAUUAGGUUUGAGCAUAUUUGUAUGAGUGUGUAAAAGGAGGCAACAGAAAGACAUCAAGUAGUUAUGAAGGUGGAUAGUCUGAAGUUUCUGAAUACCGCACACAGCCUUAUAUUUGCGAAGGAUGACCAAGAAAACCAAGCCAUUACGUUGCCAGAAGCAGAAGACGUACAAAAGCAAGUGGAGAUAAGCCAGGAGGGCGGUUGUCGAGUUCCCCCUUUUGUUCCUUACACCGCCACGGUUCCUUGGCAUACCGGCUCAAGAAACCUGUUCUCUCGAUUUUUCCCUAGGUAUGGCAAUUACUGCGGCCCAAAUUAUUCCAGCGGCCGCGAGUCUGGCUCACUUCACUGGGACAAACCACCUACUGAUUGGUUGGAUUACUGCUGCUACCGUCAUGAUAUGGGAUACGACACCCUUGAUCAGGCCAAGUUACAUGAUGCGGACAAAAAGUUCCUGAAUUGCUUGCAAAAUAUACCUGAAUCAGAAAAAAUCACAUCGCUAGGACAAACUUAUCGGAAUCUAUACGUACUGGGUUUGGAGCGGUUCUUGAUACCAUACAGAGACUUCCUAGUUAAGAAAAUAGAUGAAGGAAAGCGAAGCAGAGAAACACCGCCGGAAAUGAUUGUCCAACAACAACGAAAUGGUGCAAAUUUAAAUCGCAGCAACAUUAAUUGAUUGCAAGUUUAACACAACUUCAACUUCAACCUGUUGUAAAAAGCGUAGACUAGAUAACAAAAUUUAUCAAUAUUAGUCUAAUAGACAUGUCAUAUAAGAGGAAGAAAUUUCGCAGGAACAAAUCAAGUCCUACGACCAUUGGUUUAGUAGUCCGACGACGAUGGUUUGUUAGUACUACGACGAAUGAUAACGAAGAACAUUAAGUAGAUUAACCUCUAUUCGAAGCAGUAAGUAGUAUCUGCUUCGGCUUGUGGUUCCUUCGAGUUCUUUCAUCUACGACCUUUCUUCAGGCAAAAUGUGUUAUUGUUCAGUCCGAAGAAGGUGGUUCUUUGUGCAGGACUCAUUUUCUGUGGAUUUUGCCAUAAGAUGGAUUCGAAGUCACUGGACUUUGCACUGGGAACAUCGAUUAUAUGUGAGCCUAGGCCAAGUGGCUGUAAGGUAACCCGACUUGCAAUAAACAGUGACUUUCAAUUACCGUUAA